AUGCAUCCGACAAAGGCCUCCGUAUUGUUCUAUCACCUUUGGGUCGUAUCCGCAGCUGAAGUAAUCCUCUCCGCGCCGACAUCUAUCAGCUGGGACGACGAGACCAUCCUGCUCACCACCGCUCGGCGUACAGAAUGGCUACUGUGCAAGCACCCUAAGAAGAAGACCGAAUACUUGCAGGAGCUGCUGCACGCCGCCCGCGAGGCUAGGGCGACAACGGGCGCGAGCUCUGAGACCGAACCGUGCGUUGUGCAGGGACUAGAGGACGGCGCGGCAGAACAGGCGCCGGAUGUCGCGGAGGGCGAUGGCGAGGGCCAGAAGGGGGAGAGCGAAGAGUGA